CCUCCCGGCUGUCUGUUCGCCCUUUAGACGCAGCGUGCCUUUUCUAAUAGAUUGCCAUGGUUUAUGAAUAGAAGGUUGUAUGUUGUUAUUUUCAGUUAACUUUUCCAAAGACUAAAACAGUGCAAUGGCUGCCAGAUAUGAUCGAGCUAUCACCGUAUUUUCUCCAGAUGGUCAUCUGUUUCAAGUGGAGUAUGCUCAGGAGGCUGUGAAAAAGGGCUCAACCGCGGUUGGAAUUCGAGGAAAAGACAUUGUCGUUCUUGGCGUGGAAAAAAAAUCUGUUGCAAAAUUGCAGGAGGAAAGGACGGUGCGAAAGAUCUGUGCACUUGAUGAGCACGUAUGCAUGGCAUUUGCAGGGUUAACGGCAGAUGCACGUAUUGUAAUUAACAGAGCACGUGUUGAAUGUCAGAGCCACAGACUUACGGUUGAAGAUCCUGUUACAGUGGAGUACAUUACACGCUAUAUUGCCACCCUGAAACAGCGUUACACUCAGAGUAAUGGACGAAGACCUUUUGGUAUCUCCGCCCUGAUUGUUGGCUUUGAUUAUGAUGGAACUCCGAGACUGUAUCAGACUGACCCUUCUGGAACAUAUCAUGCUUGGAAGUCAAAUGCAAUCGGUCGUAGUGCAAAGACUGUGAGGGAAUUUCUGGAAAAAAACUAUACUGAAGAGGCGAUUGCAACUGACAAUGAUGCCAUAAAGCUUGCAAUCAAAGCGUUGCUAGAAGUUGUUCAGUCUGGAGGAAAGAACAUUGAGCUUGCUGUUAUUCGGAGAAGUCAGCCUCUUAAGAUUUUGGAAUCCAAGGAAAUAGAAACACUAGUUGCAGAAAUAGAGAAGGAAAAGGAGGAAGAAGCUGAGAAGAAAAAACAGAAGAAAGCCACCUAAACUGGACUGACUUUUUAAUAGGAUGCUUUCACUUUCAACAAGAAUAAGCACUACGUUUACUCAAAACCUGUUGCUUUCAUUACUAAAACUGUUACAGUGUUCAUAUUGGAUCAAUAAGCUAGAAAUGGAUAUACUUGUAAAACAGCUUUUUAUUUCUUAAGUGUAAGGGAAGAAGUAUUUUGUAGUAGUUUGAUCUUCAUGAAAUGGAAAAUAAAGACCAGUGCUGCA